GUUAAAGGAAGAGCAGAGAGCAGGAGGGUGGGUAGUAGUGUGUAUGAGGCUGGCAGACAGCAUGGUCUGGGUUUGAAGACAGCUCUGGGAGACGAAGCAGCCACCUCAGGACCUCCAUGUAGACCAGCGUGAUAAGAUCCAAACAUCCCCUGGACUUGUCCACCUCUCAGGAGAAUAACCACAUUCUUUCUUCAUUGAAUCAACAGGAGGGGAAGAACCCACCGGGUGGGUCUGUUUAUAUUCUUUUUUUUUUUUUUUUCUUUUUGUUUUGGGAGUAGGCUCUGGACUGGACCGCAUGCAUGACACAACGCAAAGGGGAGAAACCCACCAUCAGCAUCCAGGAGCACAUGGCCAUUGAUGUUUGCCCUGGCCCCAUCCAGCCCAUCAAGCAGAUCUCCGACUACUUCCCCCGUUACCCGCGGGGCCUCCCCCCUGCUGCGCCCCAGUUAGCGGGCCACAUUGGCCCCCUGCGCUCUGCCCUUUCCACCUCCUCGGCCGCUCCCUCUUCUCCCGCCGCUGCUGAAAGUGAGCGCCUCAAUGAGGACAGCCCGGAGCGGGCGUGCGCCGGAGCCUCCGCGCCCUUACAGGCCAUCAAGAGGGACGAGGAGCCCGACGUGGAGGGAUACGACUCAGAUGACUCCACCACACUGGGAACCUUGGAGUUUAGUUUGCUUUAUGACCAGGAGAACAACGCACUGCACUGCACCAUUAACAAAGCCAAGGGGCUCAAACCGAUGGACCACAACGGGCUGUCAGAUCCAUACGUCAAACUGCACCUGCUGCCCGGCGCCAGCAAGGCCAAUAAACUCAGAACCAAGACCCUGCACAACACCCUCAACCCCUUCUGGAACGAGACCCUGACCUACUACGGCAUCACCGACGAGGAUAUGGUCCGCAAAACUCUCAGGAUCUCAGUUUGUGAUGAGGACAAAUUUCGCCACAACGAGUUUAUCGGGGAAACACGGAUCCCCCUCAAGAAACUGAAGCCCAACCAAGUCAAAAACUUCAACAACUGUCUGGAAAAACAGCUGCCGGUCAACAAGACUGAAGACAAGUCUCUGGAGGAGCGUGGACGGAUCAUGAUUUCUCUCAAAUACAACACGCAGAAGUCGUGCCUGAUUGUGGGCAUCAUACGCUGCGCCCACCUCGCCGCCAUGGACGCCAACGGCUUCUCCGACCCCUACGUCAAAACGUACCUGAAGCCCGACGAGAACAAAAAGUCGAAGCACAAAACAGCUGUGAAGAAGAAAACGCUCAAUCCCGAGUUCAACGAGGAGUUCUGUUACGACAUAAAAUAUGCAGACCUCACUAAAAAGACCCUGGAGAUCACGGUGUGGGACUACGACAUCGGGAAGUCCAACGAUUUCAUAGGUGGUGUGUCUCUGGGUAUCAAUGCAAACGGAGAGAGGCUCAAACACUGGUUCGACUGCCUCAAAAACAAGGACAAAAAAAUUGAACGCUGGCACACGCUGACCAAUGAAUUACCCGGAUCGUUAAAUGACUGAAGACCUGCACCCUGCCCCGACCCCACACGGCUGCCCUCUACAGGACCCCCCCUUCAUUUUCUUAGCCUCUCUGCC